AUGUUGCUCCGUCGUGCAACAGCACUACCCAAAACCCUACAAAACCUCCGAUUAUUCUCUCCGGCGGCCACCGCAUUAGCUUCCGAGGAGAUCGUAUAUCCUCAAUUAACUUACCUCCCUGGAUUCCCAACACCCGAUCCAAAGUACGAUGAGACGAUUAUGGCCGUCCCAAGGUCAGAAUCCGGGAAACGAAUCGCGGCGUUAGAGCGUAAAGCCGGUCGGCUUCCUUCGAUCAUAUUCGAGCAGGCGGAUGGAGAACACGGAGGAAACAAGAGGCUAGUCUCAGUCGAGACGAAUCAGAUCAGGAAGCUUGUGAAUCAGUGUGGUUUAUCUUUCUUCCUCUCCAGACUCUUCGAUGUCGAGGUCAGGCCUGAGCUAGGCUGCGGUGAGAUUAUCGAGAAAGUCCGGGCUUUGCCUAGAUUGAUUAGUUUUCACCCGAGAACAGAUGCUCCAAUGAAUGUGACGCUCUUAAGAGCUCCUCCAGGGGCUUUAUUGAAAAUCGAUGUCCCUCUUGUGUUCAUAGGAGAUGAUGUUUCUCCUGGACUAAAGAAAGGAGGAUCUCUGAAUACGAUAAAGAGAACGGUAAAGUACCUAUGCCCAGCAGAGAUAAUCCCACCAUAUAUAGAAGUAGAUCUCAGCGAACUGGACGUUGGACAAAAGCUAGCAACGGGAGACCUCAAGGUUCAUCCGGCGCUAACGCUUUUACUGGGCAAAGACGAACCUGUUGUUAAGAUCGCCGGAGGACGUGUCACUGACCAAAAGAAAUAA